CGUUAAGAAAAAUUUAAAAAAAAAACCGCAAACUCAUUCCCAUUAUCUUUUUGCUCAAAAGAAGGUGUCUAGAGAAACCAAUGAAGACUUUUAAGAUUGCCUCAGGGCAUACCGCUCAACCUGCUACACCUCUACAAAUUCCUCCAGGUGUAAGCGACACUUCCUUCUCCUUUCCCCGGAAACGGAAAGAGACUAGGAAAGGCCCAGAGAACCCGAGUUUAGGGAUUCGUUUUCCUCAGGUUACUUGCUGGGCGGGGCCAGCAGGCCGAAACCGACUGGCGGGCAGAGACGUCGCUCUCGGCUGACUACGCUUUCUAUUGGCUUUCCUGGACUCCGCCCAAUGGACAGGGCGGGAGAUUCGGUGUGCCCAGGCAGGACCCCCAUCCCCCAGCCGGCCUCCCGGCUUCCCUCCUCGUCUCUGCGACUCUGAGACCCUGCGACCCUGCUCCGGCUGUGCUUAACAGGCAUGUGGCUUUUCCUGCUGGGCCCGUAGCCACCUCCCCUGGAGUGCCCAGUCAGCGGGGUACCGCCGGCAGGUGCUGGGCGGCCCGAGCGGCGCCUGGCGGAGACCUAGCGGUGAGUGGUGGGACGACUGGGCAGCCCGCUUCCCUCUCCCGCUUAACUCGGGGUUUGUGAGGUGAGUUCGGUGGCGUCCAGCUCCGCAGUCGAGCUGCGGUACUCGUCUCGAAGAGGGCUCCCCCUCGGCUCUCCGGGCUGGGUCGUUGCCCUCCCCACGCAGCCCGAAGCCCCCGAGGACCCCCGGCGCGGCCAACUGGGGACUCUACCUGAAUUUUCCAGCUGCAGAAUGUGUAAUACCUUUAAAGGUAAAUGAAAAUAGAGACAAGUCAAAAAAAAGAAAAUAGAGACAAGUCAUUUAAGUGUGCAGAAGAAAAUUUCGCAGCAUUUAGUUGGCAAUGAUGAGUAAACUGGAAUUAAAAGAAGACAAGAUGCUGGAGGUUCAAUUUGUGGGAGAUGAUGAUGUUCUUAAUCACAUUCUUGAUAGAGAAGGAGGAGCUAAAUUAAAAAAGGAGCGAGCUCAGCUUUUGGUCAAUACAAAAAAAAUAAUAAAGAAGCCAGAAUAUGAUUUGGAAGAAGAUGACCAAGAAGUCUUAAAAGAUCAGAACUAUGUGGAAGUUUUAGGACAAGAUAUUCAAGAAUCUUUGAAAAAUGGCUCUGCUGCAGAUGGUGGGAAUAAAGUUUAUUCUUUUCAGAAUAGAAAACACUCUGAAAAGAUGGCUAAAUUAGCUUCAGAACUAGCAAAAACACCAAGAAAAAAUGUUUCAGUUAAUUUGAAGAAUGAUCCUGAAAUUAUGAUAAACAUUCCUCAAUGUAGCAAGGGACAUUCUGCUUCAGACAAAGUUCAGGUGAAGAACAACGAUAAAAGUGAAUUUCUAUCAACAGCACCUAGUGGUAUAAGGAAAAGAUUAAUAGUUCCAAGGUCUCAUUCUGACAGUGAAAGUGAAUAUUCUGCUUCCAACUCAGAAGAUGAUGAAGGAGUUGCACAAGAAUAUGAAGAGGACACUAACGAAGUCAUAUUGAGCCAAAAGAUUCCAUCUCAGAAUAGAGUAGUUUCAGCUCCUGUUUGUAAAGGAACACCUUCUAAAAAAAUGAAAAGAGAUAAAACAAGUGAUUUAGUAGAAGAAUAUUUUGAAGCUCAUAGCAGUUCAAAAGUUUUAACCUCUGACAGAACACUACAGAAACUAAAGCGAGCUAAACUGGAUCAGCAAACUUUGCGUAACUUACUGAGCAAGGUUUCUCCUUCCUUUUCUGCUGAACUUAAACAACUAAAUCAACAGUAUGAACAAUUAUUUCAUAAAUGGAUGUUGCAGUUACGCCUGGGGUUCAACAUUGUGCUUUUUGGUUUGGGUUCUAAAAGAGACUUACUAGAAAGGUUUCGAACCACUGUGCUGCAAGAUUCCAUUCAUGUUGUCAUCAAUGGCUUCUUUCCUGGAAUAAGUGUGAAAUCAAUCCUGAAUUCUAUAACAGAAGAAGUCCUCGAUCAUAUGGGUACUUUCCGCAGUGUACUGGAUCAGCUAGACUGGAUAGUAAACAAAUUUAAAGAAGAUUCUUCUUUAGAACUCUUCCUUCUCAUCCACAAUUUGGAUAGCCAAAUGUUGAGAGGAGACAAAAGCCAGCAAAUUAUUGGACAGUUGUCAUCUUUACAUAAUAUAUACCUUAUAGCAUCUAUUGAUCACCUCAAUGCUCCUCUCAUGUGGGAUCAUGCAAAGCAGAGUCUUUAUAACUGGCUCUGGUAUGAAACUACUACAUAUAGUCCUUAUACUGAAGAAACUUCCUAUGAGAAUUCUCUUCUGGUUAAACAAUCUGGAUCAUUACCACUGAGUUCUCUAACUCAUGUCUUACGAAGCCUUACCCCUAAUGCAAGGGGGAUCUUCAGGCUACUAAUAAAGUAUCAACUGGAUAACCAGGAUAACCCUUCUUACAUUGGACUUUCUUUUCAAGAUUUUUACCAACAGUGUCGAGAGGCAUUCCUGGUCAAUAGUGAUCUGACACUUCGGGCCCAGCUAACUGAAUUUAGGGACCACAAGCUUAUAAGAACAAAGAAGGGAACUGAUGGAGUAGAAUAUUUGUUAAUUCCUGUGGACAAUGGAACAUUGACUGAUUUCCUGGAAAAGGAAGAAGAAGAGUCUUGAAGCUGCCCUUUACUCUUCUUCUGUAGAAGGGUUGUUGGACCCCAGCUGCCACUCCUCUAAAGUGUUGUGUUUACAUCUAACAUUAGACUCUUUUUUCCAGUGUAUAAGACUUAAAAUUAGGAGGGGGAAUGUCAUUGAUUAGAACCUUGAUUAGCCUGGCUGGUGUACCAUCUCUAGUACUAUGCAGUGGUCCUCAAGUAGGAGAAAACGUGCCUUUCAUUCAUUACCUCUCUGGAGACUUCAUGCUGGAAUGAACAGUGUGCUCAGGGACUAUUUGGAGCUGGUUGUUUUUGAAUUCUUUUAUACUAGAGAUGAUACUAUUCCUAAUUUUUUGAGGGCCUUUUAAACACCCCCCAGAGCUGACUGUUUGCAAAUGUGUUUAUUCUAGAGUAUGGAAGUACAAAAACAUUGGCAUCACAUAAAUCUACUUUAUUUGCUGUUCUGUCAGAGCUGAUGAGUAUAAAGGAGAAGGCAGAUCAUCUUCCUGCUCUUGAAAGGCUUAACAAAAGGUGUGUAAGACUGGGGAAGAGUAGGUGAUGUAGCUUUCUCCUUUUGGAUUUAGAUUACAUGCUGGUGGGGGUAGGGAGGAAGAGGGCAUGACACUAUUUCUUUGGGACAGUGGGAAAAGCAUAAUGAGUAUAUAAGAUGUGUACCCACCUUAGAAAGCACAUGAACAAUAAUUAUGGUACUUGGAAAAAUUAAUAUCUGUGCCAUCAUCCUCAUGACACGAGUGAGAAGCCAGGCUACAGAAACACAAUCCUGAAUUACAUUUUAGUCAUUGUUUUCAAGAAAACAGAAAAUAAAAAUUCAGUUAUUCUUCUAUUGACAUUUUUUCUUCAGUAACAUGCAAGUGAGUAGCAUAUAAAUGGCUGCUUUAAUCUUGAUUUCUCUAUCAAGUAGACCUAAAACUCACUGUAAGACGUUUCAGUUUUUUUCUUAAAGUAAUAAUUUCAAGCCUUCGAAAUAUUUACACAAGUCUUUUUCCUUAGGAAAGAGAAAAAGGCUAACCUUGGCCACUGGUCGGCUUGUAGUCUUCACAUACUCCCUUAAAAUUAUUUCAUACUUGGAAAAAAAUUCUUCAUUGAAAUACCACUGUAAUAAGAUAGGAGUGAAAAAUGCUGAUGCAGUACAUACUUUAACUUGUAAACCCCUUUCAUGAAAAUAUUUCCCUAAAUGCUCAGAGUUGGAAGUCAUUUAUUUGUGCCAUAUAAUUAAUUUUGUUAAAUCCACAUGAGUUUAGUCUUAAAUAUAAUCAAAAUAUUUAAACAAAUCUGUACAUGAAUUUGAUUCUAAAAAUUUUUGUCACCGAAGGAUAUUCAAUGAAAAGUGAGUUUUCCUUCCAGUCCCUAUGCCAACCAGUGAUAGGAGUUUAUUCCUCCAGAGGUAUUCUAUGCACAUGGAAGAAUAUGUCUAUAUCUCCUUUUAAAAACACAAAUGGUAGCAUAUGAUUCGUACUGGUUUGCACCUUGCUUUUUUUGCUUAAUGUCUAGUUUAUAACUUAUAGUAUUAUAAAGUAUAUAAAAUCUUUAAUGACCUAAUAUGCAAGUUUUGCAUUUGCCCUUAAAUAUCUACUGGUUUAUUUUUAUAGUUUUUGUGUCCAUACUACUUGCAAGCAGUUAUGUGUCAAUAGUCUAUUAAUAAAAAGCCAAUUUGGAUAGAA